AUGGAGAUGGCAAAUAAGCAACGCAAAGUGCUUAGACACUUGAAAUUUACUCGGCUCUGCACUUGGCUGCUCUCUUUCUUUGCCAUUUUGCCCUCACGCCAAUCUUUCAACUAUGGUGAAGCUCUCUCAAAAAGUCUCCUCUAUUUCGAAUCGCAACGUUCUGGGCGGUUACCAUACAAUCAAAGAGUCGUUUGGCGAUACCAUUCAGGCCUCACCGAUGGCCUAGAACAAGGAGUAGACUUGGUUGGAGGUUACUAUGAUGCUGGGGACAACGUCAAAUUCGGUCUGCCAAUGGCAUUCACUAUAACAAUGCUAUCAUGGUCUGUUAUUGAAUAUAGCGAGCAGAUUUCCGGUGCCGGAGAGUAUGAACACGCGCUAGAGGCAAUCAAAUGGGGAACAGAUUAUUUCAUCAAAGCUCAUACUCACCCCCAUGUCUUAUGGGCUGAGGUGGGAGAUGGUGACACCGAUCAUUACUGUUGGCAGCGGCCGGAGGACAUGACAACGUCACGGCAUGCCUACAAGGUUGACGAGAACAACCCAGGAUCAGACAUCGCAGGGGAGACCGCGGCAGCAAUGGCGGCAGCGUCCAUUGUGUUUAGGAAAACAAACCCACACUACUCCCACCUACUAUUGCACCAUGCAGAACAAUUGUUUGAGUUUGGUGACAAGUACAGAGGGAAAUAUGAUGAGAGUGUUAAGGUGGCGAAGGGGCACUACACGUCGGUGAGUGGCUACAUGGACGAGUUGUUAUUAAUAUUACCGAUCCCUUUUAGUUUCUUAAACUCAUUUGAUAAUCUGAAUUUCUUCAUAUUAUCUUUGCAGCUGCUAGCCGGAAAAAGCCACAGAAAACACCAGCACAUCCUUAAUGAAUACCGUUCCAGGGCAGAAUACUACCUCUGUGCUUGCCUUAACAAAAAUAACGUGACUAACGUGCAGCGGACCCCAGGCGGCUUACUUUACAUUCGCCAAUGGAACAACAUGCAAUAUGUAUCAACUGCAGCAUUUCUUCUCACGACUUACUCCGACCAUCUUCAAGCCUCUAAUCAACGGCUGCAAUGCGAUCAAGGUACACUGGACCCGUCAGAUAUCUUCAAGUUUGCCAAAUCACAAGUUGAUUACAUAUUAGGUUACAAUCCAAUGGGGAUGAGCUACUUGGUUGGAUAUGGUGCAAAGUACCCUGCAAGGGUUCACCACAGAGGAGCAUCUAUUGAAUCAUAUAAAGAGCAAAAGGAUUUCAUUGGAUGCAUGCAGGGAUAUGAUAUCGGGUACAGCCGACAAGGUCCGAAUCCUAAUGUUCUCACCGGAGCUUUGGUCGGUGGUCCUGACAUGAAGGAUCAGUUCAGGGAUGAAAGGGAAAACUACAUGCAAACUGAGGCCUGCACGUACAACACUGCGACUCUUGUAGGAGUUUUUGCUAAAUUGCACUGGCUGGAAAAGGAUUAUUUGUCUGCUAAUCCAUCAUUAUUUGCUUACAGAAGAUAAUUGUAUAAUUUCUCCUUCAUCAAAUAAAAGAGAACCACACGAAGAUUUUGGCUGUCAUCCAUGGAGAUGGCAGUCUUAAAUUUAGAUCCAAGGUUCGCAUAAUAGUUGAGAUAACGAUAUGGUC